CCACCUAGCGUAAGGGAAGUGAGCGGCGGUCACCGGUCAAAGGUUGUUUAACUUUUACCAGGUGCAGACUGCCUCAAAGCGGCUGAAACCUUCAUAUUAUCUCUGCAAUGUCCACGCGAAACGUGUCUCGGUUUUGGGAGUGGGGGCGGAAGAUAAUCUGUGUGGGACGAAACUACGCAGACCACGCAAAAGAGCUGAAGAACGCAGUUCCGUCAGAGCCUGUGCUCUUCUUGAAGCCACCUUCUGCAUAUGUGCGAGAGGGCUCUCCUAUUCUGGUGCCCCUGUACAGCAGUAACCUGCACCAUGAGGUCGAGCUGGGGGUGGUGAUUGGGAAGGGGGGCACGGCCAUCCCGCAGACAGCUGCCAUGGAGCACGUCGCGGGCUACGCUCUGUGCCUGGACAUGACAGCUCGGGAUGUGCAGGACGAGUGCAAGUCCAAGGGUCUGCCGUGGACCCUGGCCAAAGCUUUCAACACCUCUUGCCCCAUCAGUGAGUUCAUUCCCAAAGAGCACAUCCCCGACCCGGGAAACGUCAAGCUGUGGCUGAAGGUGAACGACCAGCUGCGGCAGAGCGGCUCCACCUCCCAGAUGAUCUUCUCCAUUCCUUUUCUCAUCAGCUACAUCAGCGAGAUCAUCACCCUGGAGGAGGGCGACCUCAUCCUGACCGGGACCCCGAAAGGUGUCUCGGCUGUGCAGGAGCAUGAUGAACUGGAGGCCGGGAUAGAGGACGUGAUCACCAUGACUUUCAAAGUAGACAGACAAGACUAGAAGAGAGACAUGCGUCAGACAUUUAACGCAGAAGAAGCAGUUACCAGAGUGUUCAUUUGGUCAGAAAGCCGAUAUUAUUCACAUUAAAAAACACUGCAGCAUGGAGACUGCAGAAAAAGCAGGAUGAAGUAAGAAGUACAUGUCCAGGAGAGGUCAGAGGAAAGGUGCAUCUCCUCCUCUUGCCUCUUACUCUUUGGAUCAGCAGAUGGCAGUGCUGCAGCACACAGUCACUGAGAGACUUCAACAUAUUUACUAUGUUGACCUGAGGCUUAUACUCCUUUUGUGCACACUGCCAGAAACAGGAUCACUGUGUGAUUAUAUCGAUUAACCUCAUGAACUCAGCCAGCAAAGAAAAUGAAUACUGUUGUAAUUUGUUCACUGUAACAAUGGAAUUGAAAGUGGAUUGUCACCCUGUGUAGCUAUUUUUCCAGCUCAUGUAUUAGCCAAAAGCAAUAGAUUCAUGCUUGAAUGUGUACGCAAAACUACAAGGAGCAGCAUCAUUUGCAUUUGCACCGUGUACAUACAAGAAGAAUGAUAGUGAUAUAUUUUAAGCUUGUGUGCUUCUCUUCAAAGCUGCUUCAACCUAAAGGACGUUACUUACACUUACAUCCAUCACUACAUGCUGAAUGUAUUUUGGCACAAGCUUCAGAGGCUUAAGCGUCCCAAUGAAAUACGGUUUGUAAAAUCCCAGAUGAGUUCAAGUUGACAAAUUAGUGAAGGGAUUUAGAGGACAGUGGAGGUUUUGGCACCGGCUAACUUGUGUUCCUCUUAAGUCUGAAACUUAUCCUUGUGGCUUAGUAGAGAUGGAUUUCUUUUAGAAGUUUUGAUCAGGUUGUACUCAUGCACCAUGGCCUCUGUGUGCUCUGUAUAUGACAGUAUGAACAGGAUCUUUGAUAGGUUAUUGUAAUUUAUCAGCAAGCCCUAUUGCUCCCUCAGGACUUUUCUGGUUUCAUUUCACAUGUUGCUCUUUCACAGCUUUUUUUUUUUUUUUUUUUUUUAAUGGAAAUUUGCUUUCUAGGCAUUCACGCUUAAAACAUAAUCUGUCCUAGCCAUCUCAUUUCUGUUCAUUUUUUUUUUUUUUUCUUACCAGUGUGAUCCAUUAAGAGGAUUCUGCAAAUCUUGUUACUUUACCCAAUCCCUAUCAAUAAGGUUCAUUAAAGUGACAUGAUUUAUAAUA